CACCGGUUGAAGCGUCGCCAGUUUCGACAGAUCGCGGUACCAUGGAGGAUCGGAGCGGCGCGCGGCGCAAGGCUCCCGUCGAUCCGUUCUCUGUGGACCAGUCGCAGACAAAUGCAUUGCUCAAGCAACGAAUCUAUCAACCGAGCAACAAACGCACGAACGCCAGCAUCGAUUCCCAAUCUGUACUGGUACCCCGACCCAAGAAACUCCUCAGUGCGUCCGUGUCCGUGGCGCGAUUGCCCAAACAACUCGUGAACCCCAAGAUAAAGCCGACUGCAAGCACUCCUGUCCUUCCGCCGCUGCAGCCGUCGCCUCGCGCACUUGCUGUCAUGACCCCCCCGUCCGUCGUCGACGAGUGCUGGGGAGAACAGGCGCCAUCUCGAUCUGCUGCCAAGAACACAUUCACGGCAUCGCUGAACCUCGAUGCUCGAUACCUUGGGGAGUUUGAAAACGGCAACUUUUUGUACUUGCAGCGAAAACCCCACUCGGAUCAAGUUGUGUACGACCUCGAAGUUGUCGAGCACUACGCGACGAACCCGUCCAACUACUACACGAUGAGCAAGGCAGGCAUUACGCACUUUACACACGACUCGUCCGACUUUUGCGCCCUCGACAAGUGGGAGCUCGAGUACCAGCGGUUUACCGCGAUGCGCCAGAUCCCAUUUUUUCAAAAGUACCGGGUCUGGAAAAACUACAACGUGUGGAAGCAAAACAUUCACCUUGCCAAGAUGCAGCACGCCAAGAAGAUCCUCAACACACAGCUCUUUCUGCUCCAUCCGCAGCUCCAGGACACGCUCCUCCGCCUGCGGGCCCUUACUCUAUCGGUGAGCCAUCUGUCCCUGCUCCGCCUUGCGCCAAAAAAGACCUACACGCUCUCCCAGCUCGAAGACGAGCAAGCCCAAGCGAUUGUGGACCUCUCCGCUUCUCUUGCGACGUUUUCCAACCAAGUCGUCGAGCUGUGUGUGUCUGCGUGCGAUGGCGUCGUAGACACGUUUCUCGAGAAAAACAAGAUCGUCGCCGAACACAAAAUGACGUUUAUGGAGCGCGCUGCGUUGCGAAAAGAGUGCCGGAGCCUCACCAAUUUUCUCCGACUCGCAGACGUGCUCGUCAUCGACGCCAUGAUGCAGCUCAGCAUCACGUCGUUCCAGACAUUCCUGACACAGUGCCGCCAGAGUGCGCUGCCGUUGUUUUCAGUCCUCGUCGAAGUCAGCAACUCGCACACGUCGACGACCUCGAUUGCGCCAACGCCAAAUGUUGACAUGUGGCGCCGUAGCUUUGAAGUCAUCUUGAAGCAAUGCUUGACGGUGACCGAAGUCCCCGAGCGCCUCCUCGGCCAUCCCAAGCUGCUCGGGUACACUUCAGCCACGGCCGAAGAUGAGGGCAAGACGAGCUGGAGCAUCAUGAGCCUGAACCUUGCCACACUUCUAAACGACGACGCCGAGUUCAACACGGUGUCGACGGACAUUUUUGCCGCUCUCGAUGACGCGUUUGAGGCUGUGGAUGCAUACCUCGACAUAUUCCAUCCGUAUUUCGACGUGUAUUUGCAGGACAUGGACAUGAUGGCGCACCCCGAGCGAUUCCACGAUGCGUCGAUUGACCAAUUCAGCGACGAAAUCGCCGUGUUUGAAGGCCAAAUGAAGACGUUUGUUCACAUUCCGUCGACGGCGGUCGUCGGGGUGUUUCGCGUCGACAGCGACAAGUUCAAGCAAAAGCUGCUCCCGACGCCGCAGCAGUGCAUCGUAUGCAUCAAGACGCUGCUACCAAACCUGAUGAAGGAACAGGCCCAAGGGAUCCUUGACGUCUUGACCGAGCUGUCCCCCGUGGCGUUUUCGGUCCCGACCACCCCAGACAAGUUUGUCGCGAAGGUCGUGCACAUGGAAAAGCUCGGGAAGACCCUCCCCGACCUCAAGCUCCAGUACCGUCGGGUGUACGACAUGGCGUGCUUGAUGGACAACUACGAGUGGCGCGUGCCGGACGACAUCAAGGAAAGCAUCAUCUUGAUGAAAGAAGGCGUGAUUUCGCUGGAAGGAACGUUGACCAGGUUCGACACGGACUUGGACGCCGAAACAGCGCGAUUCACGCAGCUCAUCAACGACAUGCUGCCGCCAUUGACGAAGAACGUGCUCCAUUUGCAAGCCAAGCUGCAACACCCCAAGCUCGAAACGAUGCAAACGCCGAUUGCAGACGCCAUGGUGUACCUCCACGAGCAGCAACAGGUCGUGAACCAGCUCGUGGCCGAGGCCAACCGGCUCAAGGAGUACCAGGCGCAGCUCAAGCAGCCAUUGUCCGAGUUCACCGACGUCCAGGAAGUUGUCGAUGACGUGGCGCUCAAGACCAAGCUAUGGACGGCACUAGGAGAGUGGGAAAAGUGCACCGUCAUGUACAACGAGACUCGUUUCGACCAGAUCGAUGUCAACACGAUGGGAAGCCAAGUGCAGUCGUACAUGAAGUUGGCGUCCCAAGCCCAGCGCGCGCUCCCUCAGAACGAAGUCGCGGCGGUCCUCGUCGGCCAAGUCGAGCAGUUCAAGCUGGUCCUGCCCGUCGUCAACGACCUUCGCGGCACGUUUCUGCAGGAGCGCCACUGGAAUCAAAUCCACACGAUUUUGGGAUUCACGGUCAAAGGAGAUGCGAAUCUUACGCUGGGGACGCUCAUGGAGCGGCAAGCGAUGAAGCAUGGCGAAGCCAUCUCGGUCGUCUCGGUGGCGGCGCAGCAGGAGUCUGUCCUCGAGGCCAUGCUCCACAAGGUUGUCGCGGUGUGGCAAAAACUGGAGCUCGAGGUCAAGCCGUACAAGGACUCGAAGGAUGUGUUUGUGCUCGGGGCCGUCGACGAAGUUCUCGCCGCGCUCGACGACUCGAUCGUCACGAUCAAUACGAUCUUGGGCUCGCGCUUCAUCGGGGCGAUCCGCGACGAGGUCGACAUGUGGCGCAAAAAGCUCGUGGGGCUCCAAGAAACGCUGGACGAGUGGCUGCUCGUGCAAAAGAAUUGGAUGUACAUCGAAAACAUCUUUAGCGCGCCCGACAUUCAGCGGCAGCUGCCGGACGCGUCCAAAGUGUUUGCCCAUGUCGACUUGUCGUGGAAGGCGAUCAUGAAACGAACGAACGACGCGCCCCUUGCGAUCGCGGCCGGGUCGUUCCCAGGGAUCAAGGAAACCCUCGCGCAGCAUAACAUGAACUUGGACAAGAUCCAAAAGAGCCUGGAAGACUACCUCGAGACCAAGCGGAUGGCAUUUCCGCGCUUCUACUUUUUAAGUAACGACGAGUUGCUCGAGAUCCUGGCGCAGAGCAAGAACCCCCACGCGGUGCAGCCGCAUUUGCGCAAGUGCUUUGAAAACCUCGUCCAGCUCGAGUUUGGCGACGGCAGCGUCGACAUGCUUGCAAUGAUUUCGAGCGAAAAGGAGCGCGUCCCUCUCGGAAAGAACCUCAAAGCCAGAGGCAACGUCGAGGACUGGCUCAAGGCGCUUGAAGUGAGCAUGAAGGCGUCGAUUUAUAAGCUCAUGAAGGUCGGGCUGGCCGAUUACGACACGCGUCUGCGCAAGGAAUGGGUGUGCGAGCAUCCCGGCCAAGUCGUCGCGACGGUGGCUCAAAUGACGUGGGCGCGCCAGACGGAAAUGGUGCUGAUGCAUUCCCAGAGCAUGCAAGAAUGGCUUGGCCAGGUCGUAUCGGAGCUCAACGACUUGAUCGUCAAGAUUCGAGGCCAGUUGACGUCGCUCGAGCGCAAGGUCAUCGUGGCGCUGGUCACGACGGACGUGCACGCACGGGAUAUUGUCGAGUGCCUGUGCAAGGAAAACGUGGCAAACGUGGGCAAUUUCAUUUGGCAGCAGCAGCUGCGGUACUACUGGGACCCUGACGUGGACGAUGUCUUGAUCAAGCACUCGGAUUCGGUCAUUCAGUACGGCUACGAGUACAUGGGCGCAACGUCUCGCCUGGUUAUUACGCCGCUGACGGACCGGUGUUGGAUGACGCUGACCGGGGCGUACGGACUCAAGCUUGGCGCGGCGCCAGCGGGCCCUGCCGGAACAGGCAAAACCGAGAGCAGUAAGGACCUGGCCAAGGCGAUGGCGAUUCAGUGUGUUGUAUUCAACUGCUCGGACCAAAUCGACUACAAAAUGAUGGGCAAAUUGUUCCGGGGGCUGGCGCAAGCAGGCAACUGGACGUGUCUCGACGAGUUUAACCGCAUUGACAUUGAAGUCCUGAGUGUGGUCGCGCAGCAGCUCCUCACUCUGCGCGAAGGCCGCGUCCAAGAAAAGGAGCACAUCAACUUUAUGGGAGUCGAGAUUUUGCUCAAGGACCACCACGUGAUUGUGACCAUGAACCCAGGGUACGCCGGUCGCACGGAGCUCCCAGACAACCUCAAAGUGUGCUUCCGGCCCGUCUCGAUGAUGGUCCCCGACUACGCCUUGAUCGCCGAGAUCAUGCUGUUCGCCGAAGGGUUCUCGGACGCUAAGACGCUCAGCCGUAAGAUGUGCAAACUGUACAUUCUGUGCAGCGAGCAGCUCAGCCAGCAGCCGCACUACGACUACGGCUUGCGCGCCGUCAAAUCUGUGUUGGUCAUGGCGGGGUCGCUCAAGCGAGCCAACCCGACACUCACAGAAGACGUCACGUUGAUUCGAGCGCUCCGGGACUCGAACGUGCCGAAGUUCCUCAGCGACGACCUGCCGCUCUUCCAAGCGAUUGUGUACGAUCUCUUUCCUGGCAUUGCGAUUCCGUCCAACGACUACGGAGAGCUCCUCGUGACGCUCGAGCUCGAGAUCGCCAAGGCCAACCUGCAAAACGUGCCGACGUUCGUGACCAAGAUCAUUCAACUGUUUGACACGUUCAACGUCCGAUUUGGAGGCACGUUGGUCGGGCCGACGGGCGCUGGCAAGUCGACCUGCUACCGCAUGCUGCAGCGCACCAUGACCGCCCUGCGCGAGACCGGGUCGACCAACUCGCUCUUUCAAGUCGUCCACACCCGCGUGCUCAAUCCAAAAUGCAUCACGAUGGGCGAGCUCUACGGCGAAUUCAACGAGCUCACGCAGGAGUGGCAUGACGGCCUCGGGUCGAUGAUUAUGCGGGAAGCCGUCGUCGACGACUCGCCUGAUUUCAAAUGGACCGUGUUCGAUGGCCCGAUCGACGCGCUGUGGAUCGAAAACAUGAACACAGUCCUGGACGACAAUAUGACAUUGUGUCUGGCCAACGGCGAGCGGAUCAAGCUCAAGUCGGAGAUGCGCAUGUUGUUUGAAGUGAUGGACCUCUGCGCCGCGUCUCCCGCGACGGUCAGCCGCAUCGGGGUUGUGUACAUGACGUCCACCGAUGUGGGGUGGCGCCCGUACAUCCAGACGUGGCUGGCAACUCUAGUCGGGACGUUCCCGUCCGACUGGCUCACGCGCGUCCACACGUUCCUCCAUCCCGUCGCCGAGAAAGUUCUCGAGUUUGUCCGGGCGUUUGCGGUCGAGCCCGUCCCGACCGUCGACAUGAGCCUCGUCACGCACUGCUGCAAGCUCGUCCAGUCGCUGCUCGACCAAUGCGUCGUGCACUCGAACGCGUUUGCGUACUCGCCGGCCGAGCAACUCGACGUGGUCGACAAAUUGGUCGUGUUUUCGGUCGUGUGGUCGUUGGGCGCGUCCAUGAGCCACACGUCCGUGGACGCGUUUGACGCGUUCUUGCGCCAGUUGCUCGAACCCCACGGGCCGACUGUUCAAAUGCCGACGCAAGGCGUUGUGUUCGACUACUACGUCGACUUUACGUCCAAGCGGUUUGCGCCGUGGAGCGACAUCGUGCCGGGUUUCACCUACAAUGCAGCGAUGCCGUACUUUGACAUGAUUGUUGCGACUGCCGACUCGAUUCGGUACACGCACCUCUUGCGGACGCUGACGCUGGCCAACACGCCGGCAUACGUGACGGGGGUGACGGGCACGGGCAAGACGGUCCUUGUCAUGGACUUGAUUCGGGAGCUCACGACGUCGACGGAAGCGGCCUCCGCAGGGUUUAUGAGCACAACGUUGAGUUUCUCGGCGCAAACGUCGAGCUUGGUGACGCAGCAAACGAUCGAGGGCAAGCUCGAGAAGAAGCGCAGGAAUCUGCUCGGCCCCGUCGCAAACAAGCGCAUGGUCGUGUUUGUCGACGACGUCAACUUGCCCGCCGUCGAAGUGUACGGCGCCCAGGCGCCGAUCGAACUCCUCCGUCAAUUCCUCGACUAUCGCGGGUUCUACGACCGAGACAAGCUGUUCUGGAAAGAUAUUGCCGACACGUCCGUCGUGUGCGCGGCCGCGCCAGCGGGCGGCGGACGAUCGCACUGCACGCCUCGCUUUGUCCGGCAUUUUCACGUGCUGUGCGUGCACCCUGCUCGCGACGCGAGUCUCGAGUUGAUCUUUUCCAGCAUCUUGGGUGGCUUCCUCGAGCGAUUCGCCGCCCCGGUCAAGGCCGUCCGCGGCAGCAUCAUCGCGUGUGUGAUUGAAGUGUACAACCGAGUGUGCAGCGAGCUCCUCCCGACGCCAAGCAAGUUUCACUACACGUUCAACCUGCGCGACGUGUCCAAGGUGUUCCAGGGCAUCCUCAUGAUUACACCAGCCAAGUGCACCGACGUCAACACAAUCCACAAGCUGUGGGUCCACGAGGCGUGCCGGGUGUUUGGCGAUCGCCUCAACACGGCUCAAGACAACGCGUGGUUCGAAGACGUCGUCUUGCACCUCCUCAGCGCGCACUGCCAGGUCAAGUGGACCAAGGAAUCGCUCUUUCACGCGCCAUGCCCGCUCGUGUUUGGCGAUAUUUUCCGCCCCGGCGUCCCGAAUCCGCUCUACGAGAUAUGCGAAGACGCGCACAAGGUCGUAAAGGUCCUCGAGAGCGCCAACGAUGACUACAACAUGCGCUUCUCCAACAAGAUGAACCUGGUGUUUUUCCGGGACGCGAUCGGCCACCUCCUGCGCCUCACGCGCGUCCUUCGCCAGCCCCGCGGGAAUGCCAUGCUCAUUGGUGUCGGCGGCAGUGGCAAGCAAAGUCUAGCUCGUCUGGCGGCAUUUGCGCAAGACGCGGCGUGCCACCAGAUUGAAAUUACAAGAGGCUACAGCGCCGUGGACUUUCACGAAGAUUUGAAAACCCUUCUGGUCAAGGCGGGCGUGCACGGCGUCCCGACCGUCUUUCUCUUUACCGACAGCCAGAUCGUCGACGAAUCGUUCCUGGAAGACAUCAACAACAUCCUGAACAGUGGCGAAGUGCCCAACUUGUUUGCGUCGGACGAAAUCGAGCGCAUUGUGGGCGACAUGCGGCCCGUGGUCAAGAGCCUCGGGCUCGCCGAAACGCGAGACCAGUGCAUUGCCACGUUUGUCUACCGCGUGCGCAACUUUCUGCACAUCGUGCUAUGCAUGUCCCCCGUGGGCAGCGCAUUGCGCGUCCGGUGCCGCGCGUUCCCGUCGCUGAUCAACUGCUGCACGAUCGACUGGUACAUGAAUUGGCCCAAGGAGGCGCUCGAGAGCGUCGCCACGCGUUUUCUCGCCCAUGUGCAUCUCCCGUCCGAGGACAUGCGCGCGUCGUUGAUCGGCAUGUGCAGCAUCGUGCACACCACGUCGAACGAGUUUGCGGCGGCAUUUCAGAGCCAGCUGCAGCGCCACGUGUACACGACCCCCAAGAGCUACCUCGACUUGAUCCAGCUCUACGUCAAGAUGCUCCAAAUCAAACAGACCGAGCUCCAGCACAUCAAGUCCCGCAUGGAGAUUGGAGUCAAGAAGCUCGACGAAACCAACGCGAUUGUCGACAGCUUAAAGAGCGAGCUGAUCAAGCUGCAGCCGAUCCUGACCCAAAAGGCGCGUGAGGCCGAAGUGCUGCUGAAACAGGUCUCGAUCGACCAACAAGCUGCCGCCGACGUGCGCAUGCGAGUGUCCAAAGACGAAGCGGUGGUCGGCAAACAAGCCGAAGAAGUGGCCAUCUUGCAAGCGGAUGCGCAAAAGGACUUGGACAUUGCCAUGCCAGCCCUCCACAACGCGCAGAACGCACUCCAUUCCCUCAGCAAGAGCGACAUCACCGAAGUCAAAUCGUUUACCAAGCCGCCCGAGGCGGUCGAGACCGUCAUGAGUUGCGUGUGCUUGCUUCUGGGCGAAAAGCAGACGUGGGACGCGGCCAAAAAAGUCUUGAACGAUUCGGCGUUCAUCGAGCGUUUGAUGAACUACGACAAGGACAACAUCCCGGCGCCGCUGCUCAAGAAGCUCAGCAAGUGCGUCAGCGAGCCAGGCAUGGCUGUGGAAGUCGUGAGCAAAGUCAGCAAGGCCGCAACGUCGCUGUGCAUGUGGGCGCACGCGAUGGACGUGUACUCCAAGGUCGCAAAAGAAGUCGGUCCAAAGAAAGCCAACUUGGACGCGAUGAACGAAAAGCUCCAAGCGGCCAACGCCGUCCUCAAGACCAAGCAGGACGAGCUGCGCAUCGUCAACGAAAAGGUCAUGCUGUUGGAGAAGCAGUGCAACGACACGUUGGAUGAAAAGGACGCACUGGCCAAGGAAGCGAGCACGACGGAGAAGCGGCUCAUUCGCGCCGAGAAGCUCAUUUCGGGCCUCAGCGUCGAAGGCAAGCGCUGGAAGGAGAGUGUGGCGUCGCUGGGCGACGGCAUUUUGGCCAUGGUGGGGGACACGUUCUUGGCAGCCGCCAGUAUUUCGUACUACGGCGCGUUCACGGGCGCGUUCCGGCAGCAAAUGGUCGACUGCUGGCGCGACAAAGUCGAAGAGCUCGAGAUCCCGUGCUCGCGAGCAAAAUACUCGCUGGCGACGACGCUGGGCAGUCCGGUCGAGAUCCGCGAGUGGCAAUUGAAUGGCCUGCCCACGGACGGCAACUCGACGGACAAUGCGAUUCUAGCGACGCGGGGCGAGCGGUGGCCGCUCAUGAUCGAUCCGCAAGGCCAGGCCAACAAAUGGAUCAAAAACACCGUCGCGCCGGACGUGACGAAAAUGACCCACGCCAACCUGUUGCGGAGCUUGGAGAGUUGCAUUCGAAACGGCAAGUCGCUCUUGAUCGAAGACAUUGAAGAGAGUUUAGAGCCGGCGCUGGAACCGAUAUUGCAAAAAGCGAUUUUCAAGCAGGGCGGCCGCGUCCUCAUUCACUUGGGCGACGCGGACGUCGAUUACGACCCAGCGUUCAAGCUGUGGAUCACGACCAAGUGUGCCAACCCGCACUACCUCCCUGAAGUGUACAUCAAAGUGACCAUCAUCAACUUUACCGUGACCAUGACGGGGCUCGAGGACCAGCUCCUGGGGGAUGUGGUCAAGCACGAGCGGCCAGACAUGGAAGAAAAGAAGAACCGCCUCGUGGUCACGAUGGCCCAGGACAAGAAGCAGCUCCAGGACAUUGAGGACCGGAUUUUGCAAAAGUUGUCCGAGUCGUCCGGGAACGUCCUCGACGACGAAGGGCUGAUCGAAACACUCGCGUCGUCGAAUGCAACGUCCAAAGUCAUCAAGGAGCGAGUGCACGAAGCGGAAGCGACCGAGCUCGACAUUAAUCGCGCGAGGGACGAAUACCGCAGCGUCGCGACCCGCGGCUCGAUUUUGUACUUUGUCGUCGCCCAGCUCGCCAUGAUCGACCCGAUGUAUCAGUACUCGCUGCCGUAUUUCCAGCGCCUGUUCAACAUUUGCUUUGACGCGGCGCCGUCGUCCCCGGUUCUGGCGACGCGAUUGCGGGCCUUGAUUGAGUUUCAAACAACGUACAUCUACACAAACAUUUGCCGCGGGCUGUUUGAAGUGCACAAAGUGCUGUUUUCGGUGCUGAUUUGCUGCAAAAUCAUGCUGCACGACGGCCGGAUCUCGCCGCGGGAGUGGUUGCUGUUCCUGCGCGGGGCGAGUUCGACCAAAAAGAGCGCGCCAAACCCACAACCUGACAGCAUCUCGGACGGCCAGUGGCAGCUCCUCUUGGAGCUGGAAACCCUCGGUCCUGCAUGCGACGGGCUCAGCACGUCGUUCCAAAACGAAUGGAAGGCGUGGCAAGGGUGGCUGCAGUCAGGGGACCCUCCGCAGGCACAGCUGUGUCCGCAGGGGUAUGCCUCGCGCAUGACAUCGUUCCAAACCGUGCUCUUGAUCAAAGGACUGGCCCAAGAAAAGGUCCAGCGCGUGACGCUCCACAUGCUCACCGUGGAGAUGGGCGCUGGCUUUGGAAAGCUCGGCACCGUCAGCAUGGACGACAUUUACAAGGACACGGACCGGAAGACGCCGUGCAUUUUCGUAUUGAGUGCGGGGGCCGAUCCGACGGGCAUGCUGCUACGAUUUGCCAAGGACCGGCAAUUCAGCGACCGUCUGCAUCUCAUUUCGCUUGGUCAAGGCCAGGGCCCGCGGGCGGAAGCGCUCAUCGAGGUGUCGAAAACGAACGGCGACUGGGUGCUCCUGCAAAACUGCCACCUCGCGAAAUCGUGGAUGCCAGCGCUCGAGAAAAAGGUCGACGACCUUGCGGCCGACGCGACCGUCGUCGAUUCGUUCCGACUGUUUCUCACGUCGUUCCCGGCCGCGUACUUUCCCGUGACGGUGCUGCAAAACGGAAUCAAACUCACCAACGAACCGCCCAAAGGGAUCCGCGCCAACUUGAUUCGGUCGUUUGUGACGCUCCUGAGCUCGGACAGCGCGUUCUUUGACAUGUUCGAGUCGGCCGUGUGGCGAAAGCUCCUGUGCAGCCUCGUAUUUUUCCAUGCCAUCAUCCAAGAACGCCGCAAAUUUGGGCCACUUGGGUGGAAUAUCAAGUACGAAUUCAACGACACGGACCUCGAAACGUCGUAUGCGUGUCUUCGCAAGUUCUUGACCGAGCAGCCGACGAUUCCGUGGGACGCGCUUCGCUACGUAACAGGGCAAAUCAACUAUGGCGGCCGAGUGACCGACGACUGGGACCGACGGUGCCUCAUGAGCAUCCUGAACGGGUUCUACACGCCCCAAGUGCUCGACGACAGCUACACGUUUUCGUCGUCCGGCACGUACUAUGCCAUCACGGCCCACAAUUACGCGAGUGUGAUGGCGUACUUUGAGUCGCUCCCGGUCCAUGCCGCGCCCGAGAUCUUUGGCAUGCACGAAAAUGCCAACGUCACGUUCGAGCGCAACGAAAGCUGGCAAAUGAUCCACAUCGUGCUCAGCCUCGAGCCUCGCGACGGAGGCGGGUCUGGCGGACAGAGCAACGACGACAAGGUGCUGGAGCUCGCGGCGUCGAUUCAGUCGCAAUUGCCAGACAACUUGAGGCUGGACGAGGCGGGGCCGACAACGUUCCGCACGCGGACAGUUCUCGGGACGGUCGUGAUGGAUUCGUUAGCGACCGUUCUCUCACAAGAGCUCGUCAAGUUUAACCACUUGCUCACGAAAAUGCGCGUGAGUUUGAUGGACAUUCAGCGCGCCAUCCAAGGUCUAAUCGUCAUGUCGUCCGACCUGGACAACAUGUACACGUCGUUCCUGAACGGCCGUGUGCCUGGGAUCUGGGAAGUCGUGAGCUUUGCAUCGCUCAAGGCACUGGGGCCAUGGGUGGAGGACCUCUUGUCGCGCGUCGCGUUCUUUCGGACGUGGCUGGUCCAUGGGGAGCCCGUCGUCUUUCCCCUGCCUGCGUUCUUCUUCCCACAGGGCUUUAUGACCGGGACGCUGCAAAACUUUGCGCGCAAGUACCAAACGGCGAUCGAUUGCCUCGGGUUCACGUUUGCCGUGUUGGAGGGCACGGCGGCCUCGAUCACGUCGUCACCGUCGGAUGGGAUUUACGUGGAUGGCAUGUGGCUCGAAGGAGCGCGGUGGAAUGGCGUCACGCUCGAAGAAGCGCGGCCCGGCGAAAUGUUUAGUCCAAUGAGCGUAGUGCAUUUCCUUCCCCAGGCCAACAUCGACCGCCGCAAGGACGAGUACCCGUGCCCAGUGUACAAGACGUCCGUGCGCAAGGGAACGCUGAGCACGACGGGCAUGUCGACAAACUUUGUCGUGGCGGUGUAUCUGCCGACGACCGAAAAGCCCGACCACUGGGUCUUGAAUGGCGCGGCAUUCCUCCUCAACUUGGAUUCGUAAAUGGAACGAUGGACGUGUUUAAUGGAGAAAUCGAGCGAUUUCAACGCAGAACCGGUCGACGGGGAACCCAAUCACGUUGUUGGAACAU